UAUAUGAUUGAUUAUAAGAAAAGCAAGUUAUUCGAAUAAAUUGUUUAAAUUGUAAGAUAUAUUUGAUUUGGAUUUGGAAAUUUUUUUAAAAUAUGGCUGAUCGAUUAACUCAACUUCAGGACACUGUUAAUCAACAAGCUGAACAUUUUUGCAAUGCAAUAGGAGUCUUACAACAAACGUCAGUUCCAAGUAAAUUUCCAGGAUUUGAUAGAACAGGGUCACAAACGCCUCAGCAAACACAGCAAGAGGAUUAUGCACAACUAUUUUCCCAGCUAAUAUCGCGUUGUGCUAAAGACAUCGACACAUUAAUUGAAUCACUUCCUAACGAAGAAUGUUCAAUAGAACUGCAAAACCAGGCUUUAAAGCGCUUAGAAACUGAAAAUCAAAUUGAGGCAGAGCGAUUGGAGCAAAUUGUGCAAAACGGUGAACUUUUGCUGGAAAAAAUACAAUCUGCUUUGGAAGAUAUAGCUCAAGCUCAACUAGAUAUGCAAAUACAUUUCAAAACUUGAUUUUGUAUUAUGUAAACAAAAUUAAAAAUACAAUUUAGUUAAUUUCAACUAUUUAUUGACUCACAAAAUUUAACAAA